AUGGAUAAGAUAUUGCGUCUUGUAUCACAACGUUCAAAAAUACCAAAUGGUAUUGAAGAGGUUGAGAAAUCAGUUCCAUCUUUUCAGCUUCCCGCUAUAUGUAAACAAACUAGUAACGACUCUAUCGACUCACCGAAUCCAACUCGAGAUCCACAUGUUAUGCAAGAAUUGAUCAAUAGUGUGGAAGAUGUUUAUUAUUCAAUGACAUUUGAUUCUGGAAAAUAUGAAAUCGAAAAUAUCGCUGGACCAAAUUGUCGUGAAUUAUCCAAAUUAAAAUUACGUCUUUUAGCAUUGGACCGUCAGAAUAAAGCUGUAUCUAGACGCGUUUCUGAAUUGGUUCUGGAAAAGCAUCCACAAUAUGAAGCGGAAUUAAAGGGUGUUUUAUCAUUACAAUCAGACAAUUGGGAAACAUUGUGCAUGUGUCGAGAAAUUAGAAACUCAUUAAAACAAGCUGAUAAAACAUUAGUCCUAUCACGACUAAUUGUUUUACGUAAUCAUCGUAGACAAUUAAGAUUAAAACAAACACUUAAUAUUUUAUUUCGAUUGCGCAAUCUACAGAAUAAUGCUCACCAACUUGACACACUUAUUAAGCAAGGUGACUUUUAUGGUGCUAUUCAAUUACAUCGUGAAAGUCUUGUCCUUUUAGAAGAUUUCCGUUCAUACCGAUGUGUUGAAUCCAUACAUAGCAAGUUGAAAGCAUCGGAAUUACGUAUUGAUGAGAAAUUAGAUUCAGAAUUGCAAAGAAAUUGUGAACAGUUUGACGAGAAAUCAUAUUCAACUGUUCAACGUGCAUUUGAAUUACUAGGAAGUACUCAAACAACAUUUGCUCAAUUACAAAUGCAUUAUGUAGCAGCUGUACAACGUAAAUCAUUCUAUCUAGUUCAAUUCCAUGUGCAUUCUGCAUCAUCUCAGUCAGAUACAUCCGUGAAUAAAUUAAUCACAGAUCAUUCUUAUCCGGAAUUAUGUCAACAACUUCCGCAUUGGACUUUUUUACCAUGUUUGAGAUCAGUUUGUCAAAAUAUGUGGCUAAUUCUCUUAUGUUAUCAUCGUACAAUUCAAUGGCAUAAAAAUCGAGCAUCUGGUAAAAGUUCAUCAGAAAUAUUUUCCUCUUCAUCAUACCACACUAAACCGAAAUCAUCCACUUCAAAUUCUGUAGAUAAUCAUUCAAAAUAUUAUAAACCUAAAUUAAAAGUUGACAAUAUUAGUAAUGAUGA